UCGCGACCAAGUGGAGUGGCGGCGGCAUUUCCUGGUGUCGGAGCCUGGCGCCCAGGCUAUGGGUAGCCAGGAGGUGCUGGGCCAGGCGGCCCGGCUGGCUUCCUUCGGUCUCAUCCUGCAGGUGUUGUUUCGGUUGAUCACCUUUGUCUUGAAUGCAUUUAUUCUUCGCUUCCUGUCAAAGGAAAUUGUUGGCGUGGUAAAUGUAAGACUAACGCUGCUUUACUCAACCACCCUCUUCCUGGCCAGAGAGGCCUUCCGCAGAGCAUGUCUCAGUGGGGUCACCCAGCGAGAUUGGAGCCAGACCCUCAACCUGCUGUGGCUAACAGUCCCCCUGGGUGUGUUUUGGUCCUUAUUCCUGGGCUGGGUCUGGUUGCAGCUGCUUGAAGUGCCUGAUCCUCAUGUUGUCCCUCACUAUGCAACUGGAGUGGUGCUGUUUGGUCUCUCGGCAGUGGUGGAGCUUCUAGGAGAGCCCUUUUGGGUCUUGGCACAAGCACAUAUGUUUGUGAAGCUCAAGGUGAUUGCUGAGAGCCUGUCGGUAAUUCUUAAGAGCAUUCUGACAGCUUUUCUCGUGCUGUGGUUGCCUCACUGGGGAUUGUACAUUUUCUCUUUGGCCCAGCUUUUCUAUACCACAGUUCUGGUGCUCUGCUAUGUUACUUAUUUCACAAAGUUACUGGGUUCCCCAGAAUCAACCAAGCUUCAGACUCUUCCUGUCUCCAGAAUAACAGAUCUGUUACCCAAUAUUACAAGAAGUGGAGCAUUUAUCAACUGGAAAGAGGCUAAACUGACUUGGAGUUUUUUCAAACAGUCUUUCUUGAAACAGAUUUUGACAGAAGGCGAGCGAUAUGUGAUGACGUUUUUGAACGUAUUGAAUUUUGGUGAUCAGGGUGUGUAUGAUAUAGUGAAUAAUCUUGGCUCCCUUGUGGCCAGAUUAAUUUUCCAGCCCAUAGAGGAAAGUUUUUAUAUAUUUUUUGCUAAGGUGCUGGAGAGGGAAAAGGAUGCCACACUUCAGAAGCAGGAGGACGUUGCUGUGGCCGCUGCGGUCUUGGAGUCCCUGCUCAAGCUGGCCCUGCUGGCCGGCCUGACCAUCACUGUUUUUGGCUUUGCCUAUUCUCAGCUGGCUCUGGAUAUCUACGGAGGGGCCAUGCUUAGCUCAGGAUCCGGUCCUGUUUUGCUGCGUUCCUACUGUUUCUAUGUUCUCCUGCUUGCCAUCAAUGGAGUGACAGAAUGUUUCACAUUUGCUGCUAUGAGCAAAGAGGAGGUCGACAGGUGUUCCUCUGCUGUGAGCAGGGCUGGCCAGCCAGACUGGCACACAUUGCUGUGGGGGCCUUCUGUCUGGGAGCAACUCUUGGGACAGCAUUCCUCACGGAGACCAAGCUGAUCCGUUUCCUCAGGACUCAGUUAGGUGUGCCCAGAUGCACUGACAAAAUGACGUGACUUCAGGGAAGCCUGGACGCCUGAGGCACCUGGACCAGCUAUGGGCAGUUCUGUGGGUGGAACACAUAUUCUGUGUAAGAGCCCCGCCGAGGGCUCUGCAGCGGAGUGACAGCAAGCCCGGAGGUGAGGCACCAGCGAAAACAUGAGACACCUGUGACCAAUCGAAGUCUGAAAUGCAGAGGAGUUUCAUUUUUAAGUGAAGACCAAAAAGCCCUUUAAAAAUAAUAGAGUUUUUUCAUCAUUUUAUUUUCUCUUUUACUAAUGUACUCAUUCCUUUUGAGUGUGAUUGGCCUUUGGAGCUACGUGCUCCAACAAACUAUAUCUUAAUUGUUAAUAAUUAUCUGGCCCAGAAAAAGAGAUGCAACAAUUUUACCCUUCAGAGGAAUUUUGAACUUCUGUAAAAGAGAGAGCGAGACCCCUCUCUUUCAUUCACCACAUGAAAACAGAGUGUGGCCCUGAAGUUGUGGCUUUCUCUGUGUCAACACUGUGGUCUGAGUUUUUAGAGAAGGAAAAAUGCUACUCAGUGAGAAAUCCAAGAAAUGAAACCAGAAAGGUUUUCAGAUCACAUUUCCCAGAGUGAGUUAGGGAGAAUCUUGCCUGUCGUGAUCACACUGUUCCCCGCCACCCCGGGUCAGCACAUAGUUGACCCAGAGUGGGCUCUCAAGAUUUGUUAACUGAAGGGUGGGUGAAAGCUGGCUGGAGACUCCUGGCCUGGCCACCUGCAAGAGGCGGACUUUGAAGAAAACUGUGAUCCAGUUGAGCCACUUUGUCUCUGAAGGGAAUACCGCUUUGCAGCUUUCUGUAACUUCUCACAUGGGAAUUGCACUGGUGACAGAUAAGAUUUAACAGAUGUAUUUUUUUAUCUUCAGAAUAAGACAGGGCAAACUCUGUAUGGCAAGUAUUACUGAGUCAGGCCCCUCCUGCUGACCCAUUAUUUCCAGCACUGAUCCAUAUAACCAAAUUCCAGCCCCAGGACAAGAGUGGCAGGCAUGGGGGCCUGGUGCUGCAGGCUACAGUGUGAGCCCAGGCGUUCUACACCUUGCAGCCUGCACCCUGCAGGUGAGAUCAUGAGCAGUGUUCUGGAGUGUAAAGUGAUUUUUAUUUUUUCAUUAAUGUAUUAAUUCCUUUUGGAUAUUAACCCCCCUCAGAACUACAUGCACAAACUAUAACUUGGAUGUUAAUAAUCCUCUCACUCAGUGCCCCAAACCUUCUGUGUCUACACCCAGAGAGAGAGGGUCAGUAAAGGCAACUGCUAUCAUGCAUUAAAAUGCAUGUAUUUAAAUCUGCUUGCCCAGAGCCAGUACCCAGGGGCUAAGGAUCAAGACCUGUCAGCAUAGCAAGACUGGGGCCCAGUCACCCUGGCAGGUUUUUAUCUACUCAGAGGGAGAACGCUUUGCACUAAGUGGGAGAAAAGCAGCUAAAUGCAAGGUGUCCUGAGCAAUUAGAGGACCUCCAAAGCAUGGCCUCAGUCAUGCCUCCAUAGGGUAAGGUCAGGCCAGCUCAGAAAAAUGGAUGGUCCCAUGGGGUCAGGUGGAGCACACACAGAAGGCAGUCUUCCCUCCCAUGUCCGUUCUCUGUCCUGGCAUCCACAGAAAGGGGCCUUCAGUCCUCAUGAGCUGCUUCUCUGCAGCUGCUGAUCACCCUCCCAGACCCCUGCCCCUAUCCCAUGCCCACAUGACCCCAGACUCAAGCAUGAUCCUCAUUCUACCUGCCUCGGAAUCACCUGGAUUGCAAGUCAGAAUGUGGCUUCCCCGGACCCACUCCAGGCCUUCAGGAUCUCUGUCUCCCAGUGGGAGGGCUCUGAGAUUGGCUUUUCUGGCAAGCCCACAUGGCUUUGAUGCCACCAAGGUUGACAUGCCCCAUUGUCUUCCUUCACAGCAGGCCCAGGACCAGUCAUGCUCAUGCCUGUUCUCUGCUCCAGGAACAGAGCUGCUGUUCCACCAGCAGCCUUGUGACUCCGUGGCCUCUGGGAGCAGGACUCCCCAGGCUUAUACUCUCUCAGCUUGAGAGAGGGUCUAUGUCUGAAGGCAGUGCUGUCAUCCCUCCCCUGCUGUUGGCCUAAUGGUGCUGUCAGGGCCAGCUCCUCUUGAAAGACAGCCAGUUGCGAAGGCAGCCCAGGGCUUCUUCCCAUGUCCUACUUCCCUGUGUCUAGGGAGAGUCGUGCCCGUGGCUGCGAGUUUUCCCACGACUAGCACCUACCGCCUGGGCUGUCAGCACUUUGGCAGCAGGUCCUCUGCGGUUCUCUGCCUCUGGCACCUCCCUAAAGCUCAGCUGAACCUGACCAGGCCUCUGGCAUUUCCCCUGCUGGACCCCCUAGAGCCACACCUGUUGCCUCAGGGAGCUUGCAUACAUGUGGGCCAGCCUGCCUCGCUUUACCCAAGCAGAUUUGGGGAGAGAAAUCAUACUUUGGGCUUUAAAUGCCACGUAAAAUAUCGUGAGGCUACUUCUCCAUGGAAACAAGUCUCUGAGGCACAACCUUUAUGAAAGGAAGGAGUCUUCGUUAGUGAGAAGAACAGUAUCUCUGACUUCCUGUGCUCCUCUGGCCACACGUAAGUGUUGGUCACUUCAGAUUUGGCUUGGGGUCUCUCAGUGGGGAGCUGCUGCUGCACUGUUUAAUGCUUACCUGACGGCAACUUCUGGCUCUGGAGCCACUACUCUGCCCUGCUCCCAGCCACUUCCCAACCUGAUUCAAGCGGGGCCCCUCCUCCCUCCUGUCUUUAUUCUUUUCUUUUCAGAGGCAAGGUCUCACUCUCUCCUCUCACCCAGGCUGGAGUGCAGUGGUGUCAUCAUAGCUCAUUGCAGCCUCAAACUCCUGGGCUCAAGCAAUCCUUCCACCUCAGUGUCCUGAGUAGCUGGGAUCACACGUGUGUGCUACCUCACCCAGGUAAUUUCUAAUUUUUUUUUGUAGAGACUGGAUCUCACUGUUGCCUUGAACUCCUGGGCUCAAGUGAUCCUCCUGCCUCAGCCUCCCAAAGUGCUGGGAUUCCAGACCAGGCACAUUUUUUUUUUAAAUCAUGCAUUCCUGUUGCUAGUUUCACAUCAGUCCCCUGGUUUAAAAAGAAAUAAAAUAUUUUCUUUACA